AACCCCAUUCUAUAAAAGGCAGCUCUCAGCCCUUGUCCUAUGCAGUGAGUUUUAGUUUGGAUUUGAUUGCAAAUAGGAACGUACUUAUAACAUCAAGAUGGAUUUGAGGAUGUUUGCCGCUUGUUUGAUAAUGACUGUCUUUUUAAUCAAGCAUUCUGAUGCACAGUUCACGGCAUGGACUUUAACGAAUGGUGUAGCCACUUUGGGCUCCAAUUCAGGAAGUGGUACAGAUGCAAUUUCGACAGGUACAGUUGCCGAAAACACAGCUGUAGGUGGAACCUUGUUUACCCUGGAGCCGACGCCAAAUUCAGGCGGAGUUACUUUUGCAUACGGCACAGACGGAAACCCCAGUACCAUUGCUGAAGCCGCAAUCACCGGCGGGGCAGUUGUGCUUGCUAGCUCGUUUGACUUUGAAACAACCUCAUCAUACGUAUUCACGAUCAUUGCUACCGAAGGCGGUAACACAGGAACUGCGACCAUUACUUUGAGUGUCACGGAUGCCGUUGAACUCACAGAGACAGGAUUUUGUCUAUCCGCAAGUUCGUACGCAGCUGGUUCUAGCAUAGGCACCCUAAAGACAGACCAGAGUUCCGCCACAUUUGCUACACUCGCUGGCACGGACCAGACUUUGUUUUCAGUCGCUUCAACUGGAGAAAUAACCGUCGCGACAAGUCAGACUGUUGCCGUUGCGACAAAAACCUAUUACACCUUCACCAUUGUAGGAUCGACAACGACAACCGGGGUCGCCGACAGCGUAGCUACUGGCAUCCACGUAGUGAUGCAGUGUAGUAGUGGUAGUGGGGCCGGACAAGUUGUAGCUCUUAUAAGCAUGCUAGCUGUGUCCGUGGCAACUCACAUAUUCUUUUAAUUGAAGAAUUUUCGCAUUUGAAAAAAAGUGUUCUUAGUAAUAAACCGUUUUCACAUGACAAACUGCGUGAAAAAUAAGAUAAAUACAUACACGCUUAAGUAGUUAACAUGCUUAUUCAAAAAAGGUAAAAUAAUUAUAUUGUAUAAAUUGGACAAUUUCAACUAUCCAAUACUUUUGAGAUGUUUUACAUAUCCAGCCGCAUUGUUUGUGAUACAUGACUGGGUUGUCAUGGACACCGAUGUUGGUUAGUUUUACUUUUGUGUGACUAUAUCCAUUAUCUGGAAUGAAUAUGCCAUGUAAAUGAUAUAUAUAUAUAUGAUAUUACUAUUAUAUAAAACAAAUAUCUGAACGCAAUCUUUGUUCAAGUAAAGUUCAAACUGUGUUAAAUUCGAUAUGAGGUUUGCCAACAUAAUAACUGUUUCGAUGCAACAAUUUGAAAUGGCAUGGCACAGAGUCUUUUAACAACACUCAAGUACAUCAUGUAGUUGUUUAGUAGUUAUUUUAAUAUUAUUGUAUAAUUGAAAAGCAAAUUUAACCGUUUAUAGUUUUUGUUCUUACACCAUGUUUGUGAUUUAUACUGGGAACAAUGUAAUCUCUAAGCCAUCUAGUUGAAAACCUGUAUCAAAUCUUUACCAGCGUUAUAUCAAUAGUAUGAUAUUGAUAAGAAAUAUUGUAGUGAUUUUGAAUUGGAAAAUGUCGUUUACACAAAAUGUUAACUCGUACGUAUUAUUUUAAUGAAAUCUAUUCCAGAUAAUGUCGAUAUUUUUUGUAUUUUUUUAUAUUCUUUUUAAAAAAGAUGAUAAUUCCAAAAUGAUAAGCCUAUGGGUUUUGAAAAUGAAAUUUUCAUCAGUCUUCUGUUCUUUUAUGUAAUUGUUUCUGCUAUUUACUAACAGUUCAACGAACAUGAAUAAUAUAUAUUAAAUGAAUGUAAAAUAAAGCAAUUAUUUUCUUUUAUUGAUAAUCAUUCAGACCUGAUUUGUUUUUGUUAGAUGACAGAAUGCCUGUAAAAAAGAAUUGAAAUUGAAUUGUAACAUUGUGUUUGUUGAAUAAAAAGUUUGAUAGUU